GAGCGUCGGGCGAGAGAGUGUCGGACCCGUCCUGGGCCUCAGCGCGUCGGCCUGUCUCGCGCUCUCUCCUCCUCAGCCGUCAUGAGGGUGCCUUCGCUGGGCUCUGCUCGCCUCCUUGUGCUCUUGGCAUGGAUGUGCCGCCGGGGGCUUUCGUCGGGGACCCAGGAGUUGCGCUACCCGCCCAACCGAAUAGCUGUGAUUGGAGCUGGCAUUGGGGGCACGUCCGCAGCCUAUUUUCUGCGCCAGAAGUUUGGAAAAGAUGUCCCGAUUGAUGUAUAUGAAAGAGGGGUUGUGGGUGGCCGUUUGGCUACAGUCAACCUGGAAGGAGAAGACUAUGAAGCAGGAGGAUCUGUCAUCCACCCUCUUAACCUGCACAUGAAGCAUUUUGUCAAAGAAUUAGGACUUUCUGUACCUAAAAGCCAAGGUGGCCUUAUGGGCAUUUACAAUGGAGAUGAGUUUGUCUUUGAGGAGAGUAGCUGGUAUAUCUGGAAUUUUAUCAAGCUCCUCUGGCACUAUGGACUGAAUCCCUUGCGAAUGUACAUGUGGGUAGAGGAAAUUCUGGACAAGUUUAUGAGUAUUUAUCGGUAUCAGGCUCAUGACUAUGCCUUCAGCAGCACUGAGGAUUUGCUUCAUGCCCUUGGAGGGGCUGAAUUCCUUCAAAUUCUGAAUGAGACCAUUGAGGAGUCCAUGCUAAAGUCUGGCUUUUCUCAGAAGUUCAUCAAUGAGAUAGUAACUGCUGUCAUGAGAGUAAAUUAUGGCCAAGGUAUCACUAUCAAUGGCUUUGUAGGUGCUGUAUCUUUAGCAGGUGCUGAUUCUGGACUUUGGUCAGUAGAAGGUGGCAACAAACUGGUAUGCACUGGCCUUCUGUAUGCUUCUAAAGCACAGCUGAUUUCUGGUGCAGUUAUUUCUAUAGAGGAGAAGACAAGGGAAAAGGGACGUUCAGGUGGUGGUGCUGUGAAGCUGUAUGAAGUCACCUACAAUUCUACAUCAGGAUUACAGAGAGAUGCAUACGACAUCGUUCUCAUUGCAGCCCCCUUGGUCCGUAAGAAUGCCAACAUAACAUUCCUCAACUUCAGUCCACCCAUUUCUGAGUUCUCCAAUCCCUAUCAUCAGACUGUAGUAACGUUUGUCCACGGGCACAUCAAUGCCUCUUUCUUUGGCUACAAGGACCCUUCCCACUUCCAGUUAACCGACAUUUUCACAAUAGAGAAUCCCAAGUUAUUUAUCAACAGCAUGGGUACUGUAUCACCAGUUAAGAACAGAAAAACUGUACUGAACCCAUUACUAAGCCCUCGAGUAUGGAAAAUUUUCUCACCUCAACCUCUCACCAAAGAGCAAAUAAAAUUGCUUUUCCUAUCCUAUGAUUCCAAUACAGUAAAAAUAUGGCAAGCUUACCCCCACUACAGCCCCCCAGAUAAAUUCCCACCUAUCAUCCUCCACAGUAGAAUGUACUACCUCAACGGCAUAGAGUGGGCUGCUAGCGCCAUGGAAAUGAGUGCUGUUUCAGCCAAAAAUGCUGCUCUGCUGGCUUACCACCGUUGGUAUGAAAACAUGGACAUGAUUGAUCAGGAAGAUUUGCAUGAAAGACUCAAAACAGAGCUCUGAGUUGGAAUCCACAUUGCUGGAAAAAAUGUCUUAAGAUUCGUGGUAUUAGUGAAACUUACAAUGAAACUUAAAGGCUGUACAUUGCCUUGCCCUGGAGGGAAAACCUGAAAGAGCACUUGGCCACUGAGGAAGACAAAGGUGUAAUUUUGCUUAUACAAAGAAGUCAGGAUCUCCAGAAAUAUUUCUAUUUCUUCUGAAUAUGGAAAGGAGUUUGCCACUACUUGAAUGUACCCUAUAUCCUGCCUACCACUGCUGUUCUGCAUAAAGACUUAAUGCUUCUUAAGCCUAUCAGAGAAUACUGAAUAUAAUUCGGCCUCACUGGAUUAUAAAGUCAUUCAAUUUCAUUUAAUUGGUCUACAUGCACAAAUGAAAUUAAGAACCUGUGUGAACUCUUAGUGUCAACUUAUGGCUUGUAAAUCUAACUAUUCCUAGCAGUAUCACAGGCUGUGCUCUUCAAGUAGCUUUCCAGGUGCAAGCCAUAAUGCUGUACUCUGGAAUAAUCCCCAUUAAAAUACGUGGAGGGAUAAGGUGUGCAGGAGUAGUAUUUGGUAAAAUGUGUCUUGCAGCAGUGUGACAUCUAUUGAAAGCAUGCUUAAGUAACAUUUAUGAAAGGUAAGAAGACUAGACACCUAGUUGAGAGAAAUGGAAGGCAACAACUGCACAUGCUAUGCAUGUUAGCUUGGCUUUCCUCCUAAAUCUUGAAAGACGGUGGGAGAAAAGCCACAAACAACAGGAAGUUCAAGGAAAAGGCAGCAACUAAAAAUAAGAAUUAUGCCUGAUAUUCUACACAAAAGAUUGCUUAUGGAUUCAGUCUCCCUUUUGCUAAAUGACAGGUUAUAUUGAAGUGCAGCUGUAUUCUUUAUUACCACAAAACUUGACAGCCAUUAUAUUGUGAUAAGGGAGAAUUUAGCAGCAGCAACAUUACUGCUUUACAAAGUAGGUAAUUUUGUUCUCUAACACACAACUUUAGUCCCUGUUCAGCAACUGAAAUAUGCACAUAUAACACACUUCAGGUGCAGAACACUUGUGAAUUUCUACUUACAGUGGUUCAAGAUAAGCCAUUUGCCAAAAACAGCAACCAACAGUGACUUUAAAAAUGUCAUUGGGGACCUUGUCAAAGGCCUUACUGAAAUCAAGGAGAUAAGAUUAGAAUGUCAUGAUUUGUUUUUGAGAAACCCCUGUUGACUUUUAGUGAUCACAGCAUUCCCUUCUAAGUGCUUACAGACUCUAUUAAAAUCAGCAACAGAAUUAUCUUAAAUGCCUGGACAGCCAAUCAUCUGGUUCUGUGAAUUCUGACACAAGACUUUCAUUUAUUUUGUUCACUACUGAUAUUCAGGCAAAACUGUAUUGUGAUAAGUUCAGCAAAACAUAUUACAAAAAUGAGUACUGCUCUUUUCCUAUUAAAGUGGAUAAUAUGA